UCGCACACGUUACCAGCCACGCCCGGAGAAAAUAUAAGAGUCCCCUGACCUUUUCCAGUUGUCCCCUCCAAUGAAGUGCUCUGUGCUUAACACCAUGUCAACCGAAACUGCAUCCUCCAAUCUCACGGUCAACCCCUUGGAGCAUCUCCAGGUCACCCUCAAUCCCGAUGGCACCCUCAACCGCGACCGCCGCAUCAUACCUGUCACCUCCGCCGCGCCCAAUCCCACCUCGCCCACCAGUCCAGUCCUCUCCAAGGACCUCCCGAUCAACCCUUCCCACAACACCUGGGCCAGGAUCUUCCUACCCCACCGGUCACCGUCGUUCUCGGAGGAGAAACUCCCCCUCAUCGUUUACUACCACGGCGGGGGAUUCAUCCUCUGCAGCGCGGCUUCCACUUUAUUCCACGAGUUCUGUGUCACUCUGGCGCGCGAGCUCUCCGCUGUUGUUGUGUCGGUGGAGUAUCGCCUUGCCCCGGAGCAUCGGCUCCCUGCGGCGUACGACGACGCUGUGGAGGCGCUGCACUGGGUUAAAACCGCCCGAGACGAGUGGCUCGCGGGCCACGCCGAUCUCUCCGCGUGCUAUCUCAUGGGCACCAGCUCGGGCGGCAACUUGGCCUUCCAUGCAGGGCUACGUGCAUCCGCGUCGCACGGCGACCUCAAGCCGUUGAAGAUCCGAGGGCUGAUACUGCACCACCCCUACUUCGGGGGCACCCAGCGGACGCCGUCAGAGCUGAGGCUGGCGAACGACCUGUCGCUGCCGCUGGCGGUCAACGAUUUCAUGUGGGAGCUGUCGCUGCCGCUUGGGGCGACGCGGGACCACGCGUACUGUAAUCCAACGGUGGACGGCGGCUCCAAGCUCUCGGAUUGGGUGGAUAAGAUGAGGUCGCUGGGGUGGAGGCUACUGGUCACCGGCUGCGAUGGAGACCCGCUGAUCGAUCGACAGGUGGCGUUAGCGCAAAUACUGCAAGAGAAGGGAGCGAUCGUGGUGAGGGAUUUCAGGGAGGGUGGACAUCAUGGGAUUGAGGUCACGGAACCGGACAAGAGCAAGCCUCUGGUCCAAACAUUAAAGGCUUUCCUGUCGACGACUUGACGGUUUCUCGC